AUGGAGUGGUCAGACCCUCCUCAGGCCCGUGAAACGGUGACAGGCUGUGAAGAUUACACCUGGUGCCCGGACCGGACGGGGAAGCGCCUGCACCGUCCGUGGAGCACAUCCAGGGCCAGCGCUACCCCAGGGGCCACGGCCUGCAGGGACAUCCCCUUCAAGAAGGACGAGGACCUCGUGUGGGAUCGGCUCCUCUCCUGGCAGCAGGUCUGCAGAGCGGCUCCAUGGCACAGGAACCCAACGGGGAGGAAAAGCCCCGGAGAUGCUGCACGAGGAGGGGCUGCAAACGCAGAUCACGGGGAUCUGAGGAGGAAAGACCCACCCUGGGCUGGGGGAGGCGGCCGGAGAUCAAACCAGAGCUCAGAGCUGGUGGUCCAUGAGCAGCUCCAGGAUGGGGAGAAGCCCCACAAGUGCUUGGAGUGUGGGAAGAGCUUCAGGUACAGCUCCCAGCUGAUCGUGCACCAGAGGACCCACACUGGGGAGAGGCCCUACGAGUGUUCUGAGUGUGGGAAGGGGUUUAAGACCAGCUCCGAUCUCCUCCUGCACUACCGGAGUCACACAGAGGAGAGGCCCUUCUGCUGCCCCGACUGUGGGAAGGGAUUCAAGCAGAAGUCAAACCUCGUCAGUCACCAGAGGACCCACACUGGGGAGAGGCCCUACGAGUGUGAGAAGUGUGGAAAGAGAUUCACCCUGAGCUCCAGCCUGAUCCAGCACCAGGUGCGCCACACUGGGGAGAGGCCCUACGAGUGUUCCAAGUGUGGGAAGAGGUUUAAGACCAGCUCCGAUCUCCUCAAGCACUAUCGGGUUCACACGGAGGAGAGGCCCUUCUGCUGCCCUGACUGUGGGAAGGGAUUCAGGCAGAAGUCCCACCUCAUCACCCACCAGCGCAUCCACACUGGGGAGAGGCCCUACGAGUGUCCCCAGUGUGGGAAGAGCUUCUCACAGAGCUCUACCUUGACCCAACACCAACGGAGGCACCGGUGAGGGAAGCCCUGUGAGUGCCCCGAGUGCGGGAAGAGCUUCAUGUGCUGCUCCAGCUCCAUCCCCCACUGCAGGACCCAGGUUGGGCAGAGCCCUGGUGACCCACAUUCCCUGUGAUCUAUGCUGGGGACAAUAUUCUGGAGGAUAGAUGUGGGUUCUGGAGGUAUUUUGGGCAGUGUACUCCAUCUCUUUGCCCUCCAAAAGCCAAGAGGGUCACCUCAAAACAACUCAAUCCCACUGAAAACAACUCAAUUUUAAUUCAUAUGGGCUCAAUCCCACCUCAAAAUGGCUUGUUCCCAACUCAGAAAAACUCAAUCCCAUGCCAAACUCACUUGAUUCCACAGCCGCCAGGUUGAGAUGGGGUUGGAAGGAGAUUGGGAGAAGUGGGAUCCCAAUUUGGAGCGGUGGGAUGGGGAUUGUGUGGAGCUGGGUGGCUGGGAUGUAUUUGAUAGUGAAUAAAACUUUCAGAGUUACUGA